UUCUUUGCGAUUUAUGUGAUACAGGCACCCACACAUUCUGCUUGUGUCCUCCUCUACUCUCUGUGCCCAGAGGCGAGUGGUUUUGCGAAGUAUGCAUGGAGCUUAAUAGUGACUCCCCUUCUAUCCCGCUUACUGAGGAGAGCUGUAUUAGUGAGUCCAACAAAGAUAACUUUGACAACCCUCUUCACGUCUCUAAUGAGAACGAAACAAAAUAUGAUAAUGGCAACAGUAAUAACAACUACAGUCUGCUCGCAGAGACAACCACAAUAUCAAACAGUAGCCGUUGCGAUCUGGACCCUGUCGAGCCCCUUCCGUUGACCAGUACGGCUCGGAAAUUUGAGAAAUACGUUCUCCUACGGUUAUACUAUAGACCAGAAGACACCCCAUCUGGCCGGAAAAGUCAUCAUCAUAAGAAAGAACUACUCUCUUCAUGGAGGCAGUGCGUUCGUCCUGUACACGUUUUUCUGAGGAUGGAACACGAAGCGCUACUACAAUUGCGGGCUGCUCUACCCGAUAUAAGACCCCAAGAAUACUAUCUUUUAUCAGGACGGAUUAUCGUUAUGUCUUUUAGCCAGUUUAAUCGUUACAGUAGGGUGUGGAGUAUAAUUAAAAGGGAUUCGGGCUUUCAUGUAAAUAGCGUUACGGAGCAUAAUAAUUUAAAACGUUCCUUUGUAGGAACCUGCAAUGAGUACAAGCACUUUAAAAGAUUCUCUGUUGGAACUGAUGACUUGUUAAAAGAGAAACACUUCGAAAGAGAUGUUAAAAAUGACGUUGACGUCAUUAGUAAAAAGUAUAGUAGAGAGGACAGCGAAAACGUAUUGCUUUCCUUUGAGGAAGGUUGCAGUGUUUUCUUUACGAGAGAGGGGUUUCGAGAUAUAGUCGCUGAACUAUGGGACGCACAGUACGCUCAGCGCCACGCAAAACUGAAAGCCUUAUAAUUUUGCAAUGUUAUCGUUAAACUAUGUAUUAUUA